AUGAAUACCACAGAGACCAUCUCAAAAGGCGACACCGCCAGGACGGCCGAGGUGUGUGAAGCAUACGGCAUCACUCAGAAAGAGUUCUCGGAGCUUAGCCAGCGCGCAACAGCAGCCAAGGCGACGGCGUACUGCCCCUACAGCCAGUUCCGGGUCGGGGCGACGGUUCUCUCAAGUGAGGGUGAGCUGACGAGCGGCGCAAACGUCGAGAAUGCCUCGUACCCCGUGGGAACGUGUGCUGAGCGUGUGGCCCUCGGCACGGCUGUGACAAGCGGCCAUCGCGGGUUCCGGGCCAUCGCCGUCGCUACAGAUAUUGCACCGCCGGCGAGUCCAUGUGGAAUGUGUAGACAGUUUAUUCGCGAGUUUUGCGCAUUGGAUACACCUGUUAUUAUGUUUGACAAGAACGAGGAUUUUGUGAUUGUGAAGCUACGACAGCUUCUACCCAUGUCUUUUGGACCCGAACAACUUCCACCUCCUGGCGCAACAGGUACUCAGUAG